CCUGUCAUAACGAACUGUUCCGAGUAGGCGCGCGGCCGGCCACGCCCCGCCUCCUUCACGGCAAGCUCCGAGCAGAAGCUUCGGCCAUGGCGAGCGCCUCGUCGCCUCCACCGCCGGAAGCGGAGCCGCCCGAGUGCCCGGUGUGCCUCUCCCCCUUCGACGACGCCUCCGUCGUGCCGCGCGUCCUCCCGUGCGGCCACUCCCUCUGCGGCUCCUGCAUCUCCUCCCUCCCGCCCGCCUCCGCCUCGGCGGCCGCCGCCGCCUCCCUCCGCUGCCCGCUCUGCUCCCAGUGCGUCCCCUUCUCCCGCGCCCUCGGCGCCUCCUCCCUCCCCAGAAAUCUCGCCCUCCUCUCCCUUCUCCCCUCCCUCCCCAACCCUUCCCCAGCUCGCGCCGCCUCCGCGCCGCGUCCCCUCCCUCUCCCUCUCCACGCCGCCCACUCCCGCCUCUUCGCCCGCUUCUGCCACGCGAUCCUCCCCGAGUCCGCCUCCCCGCUCCAAUCCGCGCCGCCAGGUCCCACUCCCGCCGGCCUCGUCCUCGGAUCGAUCGCCUCCGACCUCGGCGCCCCCUGGUUCUGCUUGCGGGGCCACCCCGUCAGCCUCCUCCCGGCCGAAGUCCCCGCUGUCGGGAAACCGUCGCAGGAGGCCGCCUUCUACCGGCCCAGCCACGGAUCCCGGGUGGUCGCCGCGAUCGGCGCGCUGAGCGGCGCGGCGAGGGAGGAGAUGCUCGAUCUGGUGGCCGCCUCGGCGCGAUUGGCGCGGCGGGUGUGCAGGGUUUACGGCGCCUGGAUGGGACCCGAGGCGGCAACACUAUGGCUAGUCUCUGAACGGCACACUCCAAGAAUUCCCCACUCGCUGGACGAGACUAGCGACCAACUGGAAAUGGUACCCCGGAUCAGAGCUGUUGGAACGGAUGUGUGCGAAGCCCUCAUGGGAUUGCACGGCGAGGGGCUGCUGCUGGGGUGCCUCCGGCUGGACUGCUUCCGCCUCGACCCCUUCGGUCGCUGCCUGCUCGACUUGAGCGAGGUCUUGGUCUCGUGCCGCGGAGUCCGGGCAGGGGCUUGCUUAUCCAAGGAUGGAGCUUUGGUUGCUCCCGAGAUGGCGGCAGUUCUCAGCGACGCCGCAAGGAUGCGCAGCCGUGAUUUCGAGGGCUUGAUAUGGUGCAGUUCAGAUGUUUGGUUGCUGGGCUGUAUGUUGGUGGCGCUUGUUACCGGAGAUGAGCAGCUCGCCUCAGGGUGGAAUUCUGAUGGAUCGCACGAUGAUUGGCAGAAGGAAGUGCGUACGAGGCUUGAUGCCGCAUUGGCUGGUACGCAGCUGGAACCGUUGGCUGCGAUUACGGUGUCAUGCUUGAGCUAUGAACCAGAAGACCGCCCAGAGAUUGCUGAUGUUUGGAAGUGUAUUAGAGGCUCGUGGAUGAAAUCUUCUGGUGAUGCUUUGGCUGCUGCUGACGAUCUUGUAGCGCAGAAGAGUUUUAGGUGUUUGCUCCUUGGGGAGUUGUCCUCAAUGUGCUCUGGCCGAGCUGUUGUGUCAGAUGAUAAAAUGCAGGCCUCUCGAGGUUCUGGUGACAAUAGUUCAACUCCAGAUGAUGAAAUCAAUGGUGGUUGUACAAACAAUGAGUCUGUUUGCAAAGGAGUAGAUGAGGUACAGCGUGAUGGCGUGUUUAAAUCUUCAACUCUGCUUGCUCACCGUGACUGUGUCACAGGAUUAGCCAUUGGAGGUGGAUUUUUGUUUAGCUGUUCGUAUGACAAAACAAUCAACGUAUGGUCACUGCAGGACUUAUCUCAUGUGCAGACUUUGAAGGGUCAUGAACACAAAAUCACAGCAGUUGUUGUUGUUGACAAUGAUAACCAGUCCCUUUGUAUAAGCGCAGACAGUGGUAGUGGAAUUUUUGUCUGGCAUGUUGAUUCCUCUGUCAACGAGGAACCUUUGCAUAAAUGGUAUGAACAUAAUGAUUGGAUAUAUCGAGGUGUUAACUGUUUGGCUGUUUCUGGAACCGGUUGUCUGUAUACUGGCAGCAAAGACAAAACUAUUAAGGCUUGGUCUCUCGAGGAUUAUUCACUUCGGUGCACUAUGACAGGCCACAAAUCAACCGUGUCUUGCCUUGCAGUUGCUAGCGGUAUUCUUUUUAGUGGAAGUUGGGAUGGUACUAUUCGAUCUUGGUGGCUCACUGAUCACAGCCCACUGUCUGUACUGGAAGAUGAUACACCAGGAAGCCUAGCCCCUGUGUUGUCAAUUGCAACAGAAGCUAAUUUUGUUAUUUCAUCUUAUGAAAGUGGCUGUUUGAAGAUCUGGAAGGACGAUGUCAUUGUUAAAUCAGAAAAACUUCAAAAUGGUUCCAUUUAUGCUGUUAAAUUGAAUGGUAAAUGGCUCUAUACUGGUGGAAUGGAUAAAGUCAUAAAUAUUCAGGAAUUAUUAGACAAUGAGUCUGAUGUGGAAAUUAGAGAUGUCGCUUCCAUUGCUUGUGAUUCAGUUGUAACUUCAAUUUUGUACUGGGAUGAGAGGCUGAUAGUUGGACUUUCUAACAGGGAAAUUAAGGUUUACGAGAAGGGGUCUUAAGUAUACAUCAGGAGUGACUACUCGUAUGUUAGUUCACCGCCUUGCCCUGUAUAUAUUGUGAAUAGCUGACUCUACAAUUAGUAUGAUCAAAAAUACAUAUGGAAAGCAUAGCAUACUGCCGUUCUGACCAACUAUGAUUCAACUGUGUGGUACUGUCUGAACUUCAAAGUUUGAAGUAAACUGCAAAGCUAGUUUAGAUGUUUGUAAGCUGGACAAGCAUCCCUGACAGUAUUGCCGAACUUGUACGCCAGCUCAAGAGAAGUUGCUGCCCUCUAGGAAUUAUACAACAGGCAUGCUAUUAAACUCCUGAGAUUCAUGUGACUCCUGUUGCUUUUCGGAAACUAUACUACUAGCUCGAAGAAUGCAGUGGAAAUGUCCAGAGGAGACUGAUACCAGCAGUAUCGAAACACCAUGCUAUAGGGAGAGGCCAGGGUUUGCCAAGUUGGGCACAUCAUUACUCAAAAGUAAAUACUGUAGAACCGAACGAUCUUUCUUUUAAAGAUAUGAAAUAGCUUAACACGUUUGCUGUGGUUUGACAA